AUGUUGAACAACAAUAACAACAAGAAUAAGAAUCGUGAUGAUGGUUAUGAUGAUCCUUCUAACUCUUUGUUGAUGUCAAGAGCCAGACCAUUCCUACCGGUAGAUACUACUCUUACUAAUGCUGCUACUCUUACUAAUGCUCUUACUCUUACUAAUGCUGCUGCUCUUACUGUUACUAAUGCUGCUGCUCUUACUGUUACUAAUGCUGCUGCUCUUACUGUUACUAAUGCUGCUGCUCUUACUGUUACUAAUGCUGCUACUCUUACUGUUACUAAUGCUGCUGCUCUUACUGUUACUAAUGCUGCUGCUCUUACUAUUACUAAUGCUGCUGCUCUUACUGUUACUAAUGCUGCUGCUCUUACUGUUACUAAUGCUGCUACUCUUACUGUUACUAAUGCUGCUGCUCUUACUGUUACUAAUGCUGCUGCUCUUACUGUUACUAAUGCUGCUGCUCUUACUGUUACUAAUGCUGCUGCUCUUACUGUUACUAAUGCUGCUGCUCUUACUGUUACUAAUGCUGCUGCUCUUACUGUUACUAAUGCUGCUGCUCUUACUGUUACUAAUGCUGCUGCUCUUACUGUUACUAAUGCUGCUGCUCUUACUGUUACUAAUGCUGCUGCUCUUACUGUUACUAAUGCUGCUGCUCUUACUGUUACUAAUGCUGCUGCUCUUACUGUUACUAAUGCUGCUGCUCUUACUGUUACUAAUGCUGCUGCUCUUACUGUUACUAAUGCUGCUGCUCUUACUGUUACUAAUGCUGCUGCUCUUAUUGUUACUAAUGCUGCUGCUCUUACUGUUACUAAUGCUGCUGCUCUUACUGUUACUAAUGCUGCUGCUCUUACUGUUACUAAUGCUGCUGCUCUUACUGUUACUAAUGCUGCUGCUCUUACUGUUACUAAUGCUGCUGCUCUUACUGUUACUAAUGCUGCUGCUCUUACUGUUACUGUUGCGACAUCAUUAUGUAGGAUCAAUUAUAGUAUCAUCAUCAUUAUUGUUUCAGAAGGGCCUCGUUAUUCAUGA